UGUCUUCUUCCCCGUCCCGUUAGUUUUCCUCAGUCUUUCCCUCUGACUGCACAGACUGCGUUACCGCAGCUACUUCUAAUGGACGUAUUGGCUGUUCCUGCAGAUCGGCAGAAAGGAUGGUACCUUUCACUCAUGGCCCCCAAUACAAAGGGACCAGAGUUUGCCUGGCUGGACCCUUCCAGACUCUACUGCAACUCACAGGCGCUGGCAGACUGUGUCAAAGACCUUCUGAGUGUGUUUCACAGUGACCCCAUUGACCUGGUUGCUGGGAUUGAUGCCAUGGGAUUCAUUCUUGGAGCAUCUAUUGCUGCAACUCUUGGAAAAGGCUUCCUGGCGAUUCGUAAAGCGGGUCAUCUGUGCGUGGCGACUGAAAACCAAAACUACACAGACUACACAGGCAGAGAAAAGACUAUGGAAGUAAGGCUGGAUGUGCUAAAACCAGGUAUGAAGGUUCUGCUGGUGGACCAGUGGAUAGAGACAGGAGGCACUAUGAGGGCCGCCAUCCAGUUGGUGGAGAAACAGGGAGCCACGGUUGUUGGUGUAGCCGCUGUGGCCAUCGAGAACACGGAAGGAGGGAAGUGGAUCAAGGAAAACUACAAGUUCUCCCACUGCAUCCCAGAAGAUCUGCAGAUUCAAGUCGAUGGAAAAUAUAUGAACAUUUUGAAAAGCUUUAACAAGUAGAAGAUUUUCAGAGCUUAAUGAAGAGAAAAUAAACUUUAUGUCAAAUACUUUAAUUUGCAUAGAAAUACAUUAAGGUAAUUAUUAAAUGACUUAGGUUUUGAUAUUUUUUUACUAACCAAAAUAAUAGCACAGGAUUUCUCGUGUAAUAAAAAUAAAAAUCAGACACUUGAAUCAAAACAGUUGAUGCUCACAAAGACAAAAUAAAAACUCUACAACAAAUUCAGUCACUGAUUAAAUAAAAACAAUAAGUAAGUACCUAUCAAGCUUCCUGGAAAUAUUUUUCCUUAAGAUGGAGGCGUGAGAAAAUGGUUAAAGGCAUGAUGAUGAUGCCUGAUAUCUCUUUAUGUUGCACUAGAAAUUAAUUUAUUAUUAUUACGUUUUAGCCCUCAGCUCACAUACACAAUACAUCUCUCCUUUGUGCUGUGACACACUAAUGCUUUAAUAAUGUAACUUUGACAUUUAACAACCUCCAUGCUUGGAAAACAAGUUUAAAAAGUCUUAAAACGGGAUAACUUGUUUUGCAGCAACAUCAUUUCAUACUGAUCCAACCUUUAAUGAGUUUUCCCUUUAUGAGGAGGCAUGAAAAUAAAAAUGAGAUAAAAUUACCACAAUUAUUACAAAUUUAGCUGUGCAUUUCUAAAAAUUAAACAUUCUAAGAAGGUUCCAAAAAGAAACUGAAA